UCACAUAAAACUCGGCCGCUGCGCGGAUCGUCUCUCAUCUCGUGAUGGUCUCCCCCUUCUACUGUACGGCCGCCGUCUUCCUGUGCCUAGCGGCUACUGCCGCCGGGUCUUGUUUGAGCUACGGACACUCAUGCUGGGGAGCUCACGGCAAACGGAACGGGGCAGGAAGCUCGUCGACUAGCAGCGAGGAUGCUCAGUGGUUCCUGUCGAGACUAGCACCCCCUCCUGCCGUCCCCCCAGAAUGGCUGCCCCAACGUUCAAUUGAUAUCAGGACAUCGUCUCAAAUGGACGAAGACGACCCGGAAUCACCAAAUGCCAGAAUCGGUGACGACGAACCCAGUCUUCAUGAGGAGCCUGAAAUCAUUGUCAUGGAGAGGCCAACAAGACUGUACAAACUGCUGAACCGGAAUAACGACAAGCGACAUUAUAAGACUUCAUUGAGAGAAUAAUCUCAGACUCAGAUACAUCCAACUUCUCAACAGAUGAGGACUGCUUUAAAUUUAAAUUAAAACGUUUUAUUGGUAAAUUGCGGGUUUUGUUUCAGCUGAGGGGUUCUUUCAUCAUAGAUUUAUCAACUUGGAAGUAAAUAGCUGAAUGGAAUUCAAGUGGGAAUACAUGAUUUUGAAAAAAAAAUGAUUGGAAAGCGUUUGUUUCUGAACAGAUUUUAAAAAUAUAAUUGAAAAAUGUUUCUAAAACGAUUUCUGAAUAAUGAUUUUUGGUAUUUUAUCUUGAUUAUUUCAAUCUUAUUCAUUCUACAGUAUAUUUCCAUUUUAUAUUGGAGAAAUUUUUUCAUUUAUUUUUUUCCUUUUCCAUCUUAUUAUUUUCAUUUUCUAUAUUGGGGAACAUGUUAGGCUUGGUCUCAUGUACGUUGAAAUAAUUAUGAUCGUUUCAUGAGAAUGAUGGUAUUUUCUCUAUAAGAAUCGCAAAACUAAUGAAAGCAUAUUUUUCCAAUCAUACAUCACGAUUUUUCAUAAUUACUGCUCAUUUUAUAUUCACAAUUCAUCUAUGAUCAAGAAUUCGGGUUUGAGCCUCAAAUUUGAACAAUAUCAAUCUGAUCCAGUUAUGAAAUUCUAAUAUUUCUUAUUUCUCCUAUGUAGUUUUUACAAUCACAUUUAUGAUCAAAUCGAACCUGGUUCAGAUUCAUUGGAUAUUAGAACCUAGUUUCAAUAGUGAAAUGGACCUAUCAAGUUGACCUAAAGUCUGUGAUGGAAAUUGAGUUUAUAUGGAAACUCAUACAAAAAAAAAACAGUCUUAGUAAAAAAGUAAUUUAUGUGAUAAUGUUAAAAAUUAGCUACAACACUGAUUGAAAAUUCAAUUCAGAUCAGCUUGAAUGAUUUCGAUAAUUUUGUGGAAAGAGUCUCCGGUAGAAAAUUGCAUUGAGGAAUCCAUCUGUCAUAUGAAAUGAGACUGCUCCUUGUUUUUCAAUUUUCAAUAGAAUUCUUCCUCAGUUCUUCAUCACUAAAAACCUUACUUACUCACAUAACUCAAGUGAAAUCAUUAUCCGAGCUGGAUGAAUUUCAUUUAUUUGGUAGUGAUUAAAGUAACUAAAGCUGCGUUUACACCAAAGUUAUUAACAAAAUGUUAAUUACUCAAUCCUUAUAGAUUCUAUUAGAUUGAACAUAACUCAUCAUACACAUGAUGAGCAUAUGUGUUUGUCAAGUUCCGUUGAAUCUAAUACAAUCUAUAAGGAUAAAGUUAUUAACAUUUUGUUAAUAACUUUGAUGUGAACCCAGCUUAAGUGAUUUCCACUUGAAGUUUGCUUCUGUCUGUACAGUUCACUCAGGGCCUAUGGUAAACCGUACUCACAUUGUCUUGUAAAAAAUUCUGUACUGUUGAAUUGUUGUGGAAAAUAAAUAUAUUGUUGCAACUUAAUAUAACCUCAGCUGAUUCUAGAAUGUGUAGUCUCUGUAAGUGUUCUAUAUACUCACCUUCUGAAGUCAAUUAAUGAAUUGUAAAUAAUGAAGCCGAAAGUUUGCUCUUCAGGCACCUACGUUUUUUUUUUUUUUAAAUGACACGGAAAGUUCGAGUUCAAAUGUUUCCUGCUAUAGAUUGCUUUGAAAUUCUUUAAAAAAGAAUUUUCCAUCUGAGUACUCUGUUCAGAAUGAUUUCAAAUCUGUUCCAAAAUAUUGUUUAUUUGUUUUGUUAGAGUUAAAAUAAAAAUGAAUACAAGAACUGUAAUAUGAUAGGAAAUUCAGGUACCGUAUGUAAUUCUACAAAGAAUCUUUAAUGUAGUCAUUUUCAUCUUUAAACUUGAUUGUUUUAAAUUCAGUAGAUAUUCGGUGCUUGGCUAUUAUUCUUGAAACGUCGAUUCUUUUCUUGAAAUUUUUAUAAUUUUGGUGAAGGAAAUGCCUAAAUAUUCCUUCCAGGAUUGAGAAUGUAUACUUGGAGAAGCUUUUCUUGUUUUAUAGAUUAAUUUUAUGGUUUGUAUUGUUCUCAAUAGAUUCAUGAGUAUGAUUAAAAUAUUUUGUAAAGCAGAACUCGAUAAUUUACCACUUCCAUUGUAUCCAAUAAAAUUGUAUGAUUUGUACAUAAGUAUAAGGUGCAAAUUAAUAUUAUAGUUCAGAAAACUUACUUUCUGUUUCAGAAUUAAUUCUAUUAUUUCUCUUCUCUCAAUAUAAUCGGAAGUAUAAAUACCACAAAAAAUGAUUCAAUCUGUAAAUAGUAAAUAUUUGAAUAUCUCUAUCUACUCUAUCUUAGAAUCCAGCAGGUCAGUUACAGUGGAACUUGAAAAUGAUGGUUUCAUUAUCUAUAAUAUAAAUUAUAAGUUAUAAUUUAUAAGAUCGAGCUGGAUGAGUAUAUGAGUAUGCAUUUCUAAGAAACUUUCGUCUAAUUGUAAGUCGUGAGACUUCAAUCUAGACAAAAGUAUAACAAAAUAUGUAAUGAUACCUGGUUGUUCUAACUGGAAGAAAUUGUAAUUAUCUAUGAAUAAUAAAGUUUAUUUGUCAAUGGU